AUGGCUGAUGCAAGAAAUAUCAAUGAUGAUAAUGAUGAUAACAAUGAUGCGGUUAGACAAGAAGCAUUCGAGAACAGAGUCACGGAAGUAGCGGAAGGGGUUAUACAAGCCAAUCUACCUCGGUUAGCUCAAGAAGUAGAAAGCCGAGUUCUGGGGGUUGUGGAUGCUAUGAUGACUAGUAGGUUCGAAGAGUUGAAGGAAUUAAUCGAAGGAUCCAAGAGUAGAGGUAAGGAACGAAGGUGCACUUACAAGGAUUUUAUGGCAUGCCAUCCGAUGACGUAUAACAGUAAAAUUGACCCAGUCGAAUGUCAAAGAUGGGUCUCGAAUAUAGAGGCGGUGUUUAUACGAAGCCGGUGCGAUAAGGAGGACCAAGUGAUGUUCGCUACCGGUUUACUAACCCAUCAAGCGAAAGAUUGGUGGGAUGCGCACAGCAAGGAAAUAGGCGACGAUAGGCUGCAAGCUAUGACUUGGCAAGAGUUCAAGGGGCCCUUCAUGAGAUAUCAUUGUCCUCAGUCGGCGAUCGACAAGAUUCAGGAGGAUUUCUUACGCCUCCGGCAGAAAAACGAAUCAGUGAAUGAAAUAGCAAACAAUUUUAUGGAUAAGAUGAAGUUCUGUGGAGAAUUGGUAACAACCGAGAGGAUGAAGAUAAGUCGUUUUUAUGGCGUGUUAAAGGCAGAAGUUAGAGAGUUCAUUACUCCCUCAAAAUGUGAAACUCUUGAAGAGCUCAUUGAUUUAGCGCGGGAUAGAGAGAUCGAAAUUAAAAGGCAAGAGGAGCGAGGUGAAAAGAGGCCGAGUGAAAAAGGUGCAAGUUUUGGUCCAUCCAAAAAGGGGAAGUUUCAGGACCAAGGAAGAAAGGGUAAGUCGAAAGGUGGGAUUACACCAUGCAAGACGUGUGGAAAGCUCCAUACCGGAGAGUGUUUGCUAGGUAAGAAGGGGUGCUUUAAAUGCGGUAAGGAGGGGCAUUCGUCCUAUCAAUGCCCGGACAAUCCAAAGACUUGUUUCAACUGUUUCGAAAAAGGGCAUAUCAAGUCGGAAUGUCCAAAGCUUCAACAAGGGUCAAAGAAAGAAGAUAAGAAGCAAGAGGGUUCUAGGGCAAAGGGGAGGAUGUUUCAGAUCACGUCUGAAGAAGCCAAGUCCCAGCCAAAUGUGGUCUCAGGUAUUUUUCUAAUAAAUUCUAUACCGGUUUACGUUUUGUUUGACACCGGAGCAACCAUGUCGUUUAUCUCUAGUGAAAUUGUUCAACAUCCAUCCUUUAAGAUUGAACGAAUGUCGAUGCCCUUAGAAGUAGAGAUAGCAGAUAGUAAAAAUUACUUGUUGCACGAAAUAUGUAAAAAUUGCAAAUUGACCAUUGAGGAUGAGGAGUUUGCUAUUGAUCUUAUCCCCAUGAUCUUGGGGGAAUUCAAAGUAAUAGUGGGUAUGGAUUGGAUGUCUCAAAACCAUGCAGAGAUAAAAUGUGAAACCAAAUCUAUACUUCUCCAAACUCCAAGUGGAAGACGAUUAAAUGUACAAGGCGAAAGAAAGAUGGAAGCGAAGCUAUGUACUCUCGUUCAAGCCACUAAGUACGUGCUCAAUGGGAGUAGAGCAUACUUAGCUUACGUAGUAAAUACUCAACAAAGCUUCCCAAAGCUUGAAGAUGUAGAAGUCGUGAACGAAUUCCCGGAUGUAUUCCCGGAAGAAUUGCCGGGACUCCCUCCCGAGCGAGAAGUGGAAUUCAAUAUCGAAUUGAAUCCGGGUGCGAAACCGGUUAGAGUACGAGAAGAAGACAUUCCAAAGACCGCAUUUAGAACCCGUUACGGACAUUAUGAGUUUUUAGUAAUGUCUUUCGGGUUAACUAAUGCGCCGGCGGCAUUUAUGGACCUUAUGAACCGUGUAUGCCGACCCAUGUUGGAUAGAUCGGUAAUUGUAUUCAUAGAUGACAUUUUGGUUUAUUCACGAAGCAAAGACGAACAUGUUGUACAUUUGCGUGAAGUACGUGAAACUCUCCGUAAGGAGAAGCUCUACGCAAAAUUUUCAAAGUGUGCCUUUUGGCUUAGGGAGGUACAGUUUCUGGGGCAUGUGAUAAAUGCGGAGGGUGUUAUGGUUGAUCCUUCAAAGAUCGAUGCUGUAAUGAAGUGGGUUCCUCCGAAAAAUCCAACAGAGAUAAGAAGUUUCCUGGGUCUUGCUGGAUACUACCGAAGAAAGAAAGAGAAGUUUGUAUGGGAAAAAGAACAGGAGGAGGCUUUUCGAAUGUUGAAAGAAAAACUAUCAAGUCCUCCGAUCCUAACGUUACCAGACGGAACCGAAGACCUGGUGGUCUAUUCAGACGCUUCACACCAGGGAUUGGGUUGUGUUCUAAUGCAAAGAGGGAGAGUUAUCGCUUAUGCUUCGCGACAAUUGAAGCCUCAUGAGCGGAGGUGGCUGGAACUUAUUAAAGAUUAUGAUUGUGAUAUCCUCUACCAUCCGGGGAAGGCAAAUGUAGUAGCCGAUGCAUUAAGCCGUAAAGAGUAUCCACCUCCCAUAAGAGUGAAAUCCAUGAAGAUGAUAGUUACGCCACGAUUACUCGAGGCGAUACGCGAAUCCCAGAUAAAGUCGCUCGGAGCGGAAGACCUGAAGAGGGAACGACUAAAAGGUGUGAUCGAUAAUCUAGAAGAAAAUUCGACCGGGCUUAAGACGCGGUUCGGCCGAAUUUGGAUUCCGCGAUUCUGCGAAGUCAAAGCUGCCUUGCUCGACGAGGCACAUAAGUCUCAAUAUUCGGUCCAUCCCGGGGCUACAAAGAUGACUCCCGUAUGUUGGGGCGAAGUGGGACAAAGGGAGCUUGCACCAAGUGAUUUAAUAGCAGUAACGAAUGAAAAGAUCGAAAUGGUUAGAACAAGGUUAAAAGCAGCUCAAGAUCGGCAAAAAGCUUAUGCAGACAAGAGAAGGCGUCCUAUCGAGUUUCAAGUUGGAGAUUUUGUCUUGCUAAAGGUGUCCCCAUGGAAGGGUAUAAUCCGUUUUCGCAAACGGGGAAAGUUAGGUCCUCGUUACAUCGGGCCGUUUAAAAUCUUAGCUCGGGUUGGAAGGGUUGCGUAUCGACUAGAAUUACCGCCUGCUUUAGACGGGAUUCACCAUACCUUCCACGUGUCACAAUUGAGAAAGUGCCUUGCGGAUGAGACAGCACUAGUACCUCUUGAUGAUAUUGAGUUGGACGAAGGGUUAAAUUAUGUCGAAAGGCCCAUAGCCAUUAAGGAUUUCAAGGUAAAGAAUCUCCGCAACAAAGCUGUUAGACAAGUGUUGGUACAAUGGCAGCACCGGAAGGGUUCGGAUCUUACGUGGGAAGCAGAAGACGAGAUGAGGAGGCACUAUCCUUUUCUUUUCGGUAUGUCAAUAUUUAAAUUAUGA